AUGGCUGCCGCAGUGGAAAACUCAAAAGCAGUCUGCUUUUUCUUGUCAAAAGAUUAUCAAGAUUCACGAGCAUGUAAAAAGGAAUUACAGUACGCCGAUGAACUCGAAAAACCUCUCAUUCCGUGCCGACUUCUUCGCGAUUGGAAACCGAGUGGAUGGCUUGGCCUGAUAAAUACUGGUCUUAAAUGGUAUGAUUUUCGCGAUUUUGAUGAUAAUACAAAAAAACAGAAGAUUCAAUCAUCGACCGAAGAAUUAAUUCGGUUCAUUCAAGUCGCUUUUUUUAGCUCAAAAGACGAAAUCGACUCGAUAAAUAGUCAUCGUUUGGUUAAAGAUCAUCCUACGACAUCUGCAUCGUUGCGUAACUCUCUGCAUGAACGUUUACAUGAUCAGUCUUCUGGAAGGAAUGAACGUCAACGAAGUUCAACCGUUAUAAGAAAUCCUGUUUCUCACUUAGAAUGGUAUGAUGGUCCAUCACGAGAUGUUCUUGACGCCUUGCCAUUCGCUAAAUAUGCUCAAUUCCCGCUUUUAUCGCUUGAAGAAGCGAUUAAAUCUCUUGAUCCAUUCAUACCGGAUAUUCAGAACCGAGCACUUAUUGCCAAACAACAUGCUAAUUUGUAUCCUAACAAACGAGUAUUGACGAAAGAUGAAGCGGCUGCCAUCAUUCUUUACACGAUGGGUGAAGGAGAAGAAAACCUUUGCAGAUAUCUCAACCGAGUUUGUGUUUUUAUUUGUUGCGCGUAUAAUCAAAUGAGAGUUACAUAG